AUGGACGCUGCUGCGGAGUCAGCCAGUAACCCAUUCACUUGGCUGUCAUCUCUUAUUAUGGCCCUAGAUCUCAAUUUUCUCAUAACCUUCUUCUACAACCAGUUCCGGCGCCUGCCUUAUCCCCAAAAGAAGUUUACCGGGAAGACGGUCAUUGUGACAGGGGCCAAUGUCGGGCUUGGUCUCGAAGCGGCGCGGCAUUUCGUCCGGCUCGACGCUGCUAAAGUCAUCCUGGCAUGCCGUGACACCGAGAAGGGAGAGCGUGCCAAGACCGACAUCGAGCGUACGACGGCCAGGAGUGGGAUUAUUGAGGUGUGGCCGCUGGACCUGUGUAGCUUCGAAAGCGUUAAGCAGUUCUGCCGGCGCGCAGACAAGCUCGACCGCCUAGACGUGGUAGUCGAGAACGCGGCGGUAGCCAUGGUCGGGCCCCGGGCAACUCUGGCAGAGGGCUAUGAGAGCACGAUCACGGUCAACGUGAUAUCUACUUUCCUGAUGGCUUUGCUACUUUUACCUACGCUUAGGCGGACCGCGACAAAACUCAACAUUCAGCCGAAUUUGGUGAUUGUGUCUUCGGACGCACAUUUUGUGGCAAGUUUCAAAGAACGGACAGCACCCAAGAUAUUUGACGCAUUCAAGUCAGCUACAGUGGCGCCUGACAGGUACCAGACCUCGAAGCUAUUGGACAUUUUUGUGGUCCGGCAGCUGGCCCAGGACAUGUCCAAGCCCACCAGUAACAGUAAAGGUGUUAUUCUCAACACGCUGAACCCGGGCUUCUGCCGAACAGCACUAUUCCGUGAUAACAAGUUUCCCGCGUCCCUUUUUCUAGCGUUUACAAGCAGACUUAUUGGUAGGUCGUCUGAGGUGGGAUCGAGGGUCAUAGUGGACGCUGCGGCUGCUGGACCCGAAACGCAUGGUAAAUGGCUGGAUAGCUUCGAGGUCAGGGAGCCCAGUGCAUAUGUGCGCAGCGAGGAAGGGAAGAAGAUGCAGGGACGGCUUUAUGAAGAGCUGAUACAGAUUUUGGACCAAGUCGAGCCGGGCAUAGCGAAGAAUAUUUGA